AUGAGAGACUUUUCAUUUUAUCAAAAAGCUUUAAUCGUACAAGGAAAUGGCAGGGAGAUGUGGCAGAUGGACUAUUAUCGGGGCAAUCCAGUCUUCUUUGUUAUCAUCAACAACUCCAAAUUACAGAAAGUGCCAGAGGGGUUUCUGAAGCAUUUGAAUGAAGACUUUCAAAAUGCAGUUCUUAUUGGUCCUUCUGGUGAUAAUUGGCAAGUGACUAUUUUGAAGAAAGGAAAUAACAUUUAUCUGUACAAUGGUUGGCCACAGUUUCUGACCGACAAUUCAGUGAUGCUUGAUGAUUUCUUGCUUUUUACAUAUCAUGGAGGAAACUGCUUCCAUGUUCAAAUUUUUGGUAAGAAUGGAUUGGAGAGGCUAUGUUUCAAGCAAACAAGACAAGAUCAAGUUCUGAUCCCAAGUUUGGUGAGGACAAAGAAGAACACACACAGAAGAACUUCUUCCAGUCCAUUCCUCCACCAAGCCAAGUCUUAUAAAAAAGGUCUGUCUUUCAGCAGCAAAUUCUCAUUUUCAAAGCUCAAGAGUUCAGUUAAAAUUGAAAGUUCAGAAGCAUGCUACUUGGCAGAUUCUUUUACCUCUCGCAACCCUCACUGGAAGCAUCUCAUGACUAAAUGCAAUGUAGAAGAUCACUGCACACUGCCAAUUGCUACUGAGUUUGCCAGGAAGCAUAUUCCUGAAACAGUGAAACAGAUAAUUCUUUGGAACACAGAAGGAAAAUUUUGGGAAGUGGUAGUGACUUGGUUUGGAUGUCAAAAUAAGAGGUAUACUCGAUUUACAACAGGAUGGGGAAGAUUCGUUCGUGAUAACAGACUUAUGAGGGGUGACACUUGCGUAUUUGAACUUGAAGAUCAAAACCAUUUGAGUGUUCACAUAUUCAGAACAGGAUUUUGUGCACCAAAAUUGUUUUAAAAAUCAGUUUGAAUUCAGUCUUUGAGUAGGUUGUAUUGAUUUGAUUCAUGUCAUAAACACAGUUAAAUCUUAGACAUUAUUAUUAAUCUUUCUAGUAUAAAAAGUUCAU